CUUGCGCCUCACAGAGCUCACGAAUAUUAAGAGUACUAUAUCGUAUAUGUAUAUUCGACCAAAUUUGUGGAUAUGGUUCGAUAGCCAUUCGCUCAGAUGGCGCGUCGACGCCAAAAUAAAAUUAGUUAAAAGCAAGACAAACACGUGCUGGUGUUUUUGAAUUUCCUUUGAAAGAAUAGUUGUUAAUGAUCAAUCAUGAGUUACAAACAGGAUUUUAACGUUUUCGUAGGAGCAACUUCAGGAGCAUUCAAAGGAAUAAAAAUAACCGAUAAAGGUAAUAUUAUUAAGAACAUACAAAGUCUGUCAUCUAUAACCGAAAAUCAUGAAGUAACUGCAAUGGCAUGGGGGGAUGACGAUGAAAAGGAAAUCUUGAUGGGUUGUGGUGUAAAAGGUGUCAGAAGUGUGAAGGUAUAUGAUACUGAGUACUCAGCAUUUACAAGUUCUUUUGUAUGUAGCACUGGAGAAGGGAAGAUUAAUGGUAUUUCUAGAUACAGUGGGGCAAUACUCACAGCAGUCAAAUCAGGUGAAGUAAAGCUUUGGAAAUUUAAUAAAAAGGAACAGUUACUAAUAAAUGCUGGGGCAAAUUUGCAUAGAAUGCGUCAUUCGCAUAUUAAUAAAAAUAUAAUAGCUACUGGUGGUGAGGAAAAUGAGUUAAAGUUAUUUGAUUUGGAGAGACAAAGUAGGAUUUUCCUUGAAAAAAAUGUCCGGCAUGAUUCAUUAGAAUUGAGAGUUCCUAUUUCGAUUUCUGAUAUAGGCUUCCUACCAAACAGUUCUAAUGUAGUUACAACAAGCAAAUAUGGAUUUAUUCGCUUGUAUGAUCCUGAUGCUCAACGAAGACCUGUAAUAAAUUUAACUAUUAAGGAUGAAGCUUUAACCACUUUAGCUAUAGCUCCAAAGGAACAUCACAUUGUGGUUGGUUCUGGAAAGGGCAGAAUGAAUCUUAUCGAUUUACGAAAACCUGGUAAGAUAUUGAAUACCUAUAAGGAUUUUGUAGGGAGUAUAACUUCUUUAGCAUGCAGUGCAGUACAACCAUAUAUUAUUAGUACUGGUUUGGAUCGACAUUUACGUAUUCAUCAUUUAGAGACAAAGAAACUCCUAAAAAAGGUGUAUCUAACAUCCAAAAUAAAUUGUAUGGUAUUGAGAUCUGAUUUCACCAUGAAAGAUGAUGAUGAAAAUGAUAAAAUAAAGGCGAAAGAAAGUAUUUCCACGAGUCUCAAUGGUAGCAAUAGAGAUGGAAACACGGAUGAUAACGAAGAAUUUGAUGAUAGUGAGGCGGAAUAUGAUGCACUAUUUGACAAAAUGGACGUGAUAGCCCACGAUAAAAAUGACGCAUAUUUAGCAAAAGAGAAGAGAAAACUUCCCACCAAACAAGCAAUAAUUGUAGACGACUCAUCUGAUUCCGAAAAGGCAGAGAAGAGGCCCAAAUUAAUAAAACACAAAACUUCCACGAAGUUCAAAAAAGAAUACAAUUCAAGAACGAUAAAAUGAUGCUCAUCAUCGCAGUUUGUAUUACAAGUAUGAAACCUCAAGUCCUUCCGGUACCUUUCUCUAGUUACGUACCUUUAUAAUUUCAAUGCUGUAACUGACGGUACAGAGACAGUUAUACUUCUAUUUAUGUACUGUCAUUAAAAUAUAUUAUUUCGUACAAC